UGUCGCUCUGUGGAAUCGCUCAGCCAGCUCCGAACACUUAAAUCUGCUCUCCGAGCGGGUGUCAAGAAUAUCCAAGUAGUGGCUGCAGCUCCACCUCUGGUCUCACUGCCAUGCAUCAUGGGCGCGCUACUGGCAAAGGGUCCUCCAUCCCUGCACAUUUCUACCAGCAACCCUCACGACUCCUCAUUGUGCACGUCACUCUACCUUCCUGGUCUGGCAUCUGCUCCAACCUCUGUGAGGCUCUGCAGAACUUUUUCUCUCUUGCCUGCAGCUUGAUGGGCCCCAGCCGCAUGUCCCUGUUCAGCUUAUACAUGGUACAAAAUCAGCACGAGUGCAUCCUCCCCUUUGUGCAAGUGAAAGGGAACUUUGCUAGGUUGCAGACCUGCAUCUCAGAACUACGCAUGGUACAGACAGAAGAUUGUUUCAGACCACAGAGCACUUCUCUGAAACUGGCAGUAGAGGAUGGUCUUCAGCAGUUCAAACAAUACAGCAGACAUAUGCCGGCACGUGCAGCUCUGACCUACACUGCCCUGGAGAUAACUGUUCUGACGUCCCAGCCUGGAAAAGAGGUGGUCAAACAAUUGGAGGAAGGCUUGAAAACCACUGACCUCGUCAGACUCAGGAGGCUUCAGGUUGUUGAGAUCAUAAAUGGAGUCCCGGAGCACACGGAAUCAGCAUCCCCUGUUGAGGAAUUCAGCAAUGACGAAUCGUUACAUGAAUCAACCAUGCCGGUUCCUGCUGAAAGCUAGCUGGAUGGAUACCCAUG